AUGGGGUCCGUUGAAGCCUUGUCCGCGGACAAAAGAGCGAUUUUCUUUUUCGACAUAGACAACUGUCUUUACCCGAAAAGCGGACGAGUUCACGACCACAUGGCCCGGCUGAUCAAUGAUUACUUUAUCAAACAUCUUAGCCUCAGCGUCGAGGAAGCCGAACGGCUGCAUCAGCAAUAUUACAAAGAUUAUGGAUUGGCCAUAGAAGGUCUCGCCCGUUUUCACAAGAUCAACCCUAUGGAUUUCAAUCGGGAAGUCGACGAUGCUUUGCCUCUCGACGAGCUUCUCUCGCCGAGUUCUGAGACUCGACAGAUCUUGGAGUCGUUUGAUCGGUCCAAAGUCAAGCUUUGGCUGUUCACCAAUGCGCAUAUCACUCAUGGCCGGCGGGUAGUCAGACUGUUGAAGAUUGAUGAUCUCUUCGAAGGCAUCACGUACUGCGAUUACUCUCAGCCGACACUAGUCGCCAAGCCGCGGCCGGAGAUGUUUGACAAGGCCGAACGAGAAGCUGGGGUGACGAAGGAUACCCCGAUAUAUUACGUGGAUGAUUCUUACUCGAAUUGCAAAGGGGCGUAUGCCCGAGGGUGGACAAAUACAGUUCACCUGGUCGAGCCCGAAGGCCUGGAUCCUCCCUUGGAGCCCCCGCCGAAGGCAUGCGGUUAUCAAAUCAGCCAUCUCCGAGAACUUUUAGGCCUUUUCCCAGAACUUCUCAGGGAGAAGGAAAAGCCCUCGUAA